CUGCAGGCUGGCUGCUAGUCUUUAAGCUGUGUGAGAAUCCUGGGAGUUGGUGAUGUCAGACUGGUUUGGGUCAUUUGAAGGUUAGCAGCCUGGGAAGGGUUCAUGGAAAGUUCACUCGCAUAUAUUAGGCAAUUCAAUCUUUCAUUUUGUGUGACACAAGUAGUAGGAAGUGAGCUGUUCAAAAGCAGAAGGAUCUAUUUGCUACAGAAGGGGGGACCGUACUGCUCGAUGACAUAAAUUUAGUUAUUUUUUCCGACUUUCGACUCAGUUGCUCACUGAUACAAGCAGCAGCUGAAUAGCUGCUACAGAAGGCUACAAGCACCUCCAGGAAUUUAGAUGCAUUUUGCCUGGAGCUGACAGCUUGGAUUUCUUCAUCUCCCCCCCCCCCUCUCCUCCUGCUCCGCUGGAAUGGCUGGGAAGCUUGGAAAAUAGUAAAUGAUCAUUUGGAUCAAUUACAGGCUUUUAGCUGUGUUGUCUGUCAUAAUUCAUGAUUCUGGUCUGGGAAAAAGACCAACAGCCUACGUGCCAAAAAAAGGGGCAGAGUUUGAUGGAGUUGGGUGUACUUUUUCGAUAGCAAUUUGCUGUGCACCUAAAGGAUAAGCACUUUCGCUGAUAUUCUGUAUAGGGGGAAUCAUGUUUGACUGCAUGGAUGUUCUGGCAGUGAGUCCUGGGCAAAUGCUGGAUUUCUACACUGCGAGCCCGUCUUCCUGCAUGCUCCAGGAGAAAGCUCUGAAAGCAUGCUUCAAUGGAUUGGCACAGACGGAUUGGCAACACCGGCACAGUGCUCAAUCUAUUGAAACCCAGAGCACGAGUUCAGAAGACCUGGUACCAAGUCCGCCAUCACCACCCCCACCACCUCGAAUUUACAAGCCCUGUUUUGUCUGUCAGGAUAAGUCAUCUGGGUAUCACUAUGGAGUCAGUGCAUGUGAGGGAUGCAAGGGUUUCUUCCGGCGGAGUAUUCAGAAAAACAUGGUAUAUACUUGUCACAGAGAAAAGAACUGCGUUAUCAAUAAAGUUACAAGGAAUCGUUGCCAGUACUGCAGGCUACAGAGGUGCUUUGAAGUGGGCAUGUCCAAAGAAUCCGUCAGAAAUGACAGAAACAAGAAAAAGAAAGAGCCUUCAAAGAUAGAGUGCAUAGAAAACUACGAGAUGACAGCAGAGCUAGAUGACCUGACAGAGAAAAUCAGAAAAGCUCAUCAAGAGACCUUUCCCUCGCUAUGUCAGCUGGGAAAAUACACUACGAACUCCAGCGCAGAGCAGCGCGUCCGGCUAGAUCUUGGACUUUGGGACAAAUUUAGCGAACUUGCUACAAAGUGCAUUAUUAAAAUAGUGGAAUUUGCAAAACGCUUACCUGGAUUCACCAGUCUGACCAUAGCAGAUCAGAUCACACUACUUAAAGCUGCUUGUCUGGAUAUUUUGAUUCUCCGAAUUUGCACAAGAUACACACCAGAGCAGGAUACUAUGACUUUCUCAGAUGGCCUUACUCUCAACCGAACUCAGAUGCACAAUGCUGGAUUUGGUCCACUCACUGACCUCGUGUUCACGUUUGCCAAUCAACUCCUGCCCUUGGAAAUGGAUGACACAGAAACUGGCCUGCUCAGUGCCAUCUGCUUAAUUUGUGAAGAUCGCCAGGAUCUGGAAGAGCCGGCAAAGGUGGACAAACUGCAAGAGCCGCUGCUGGAAGCGCUGAAAAUUUAUAUCAGAAAAAGGAGGCCCAACAAGCCACACAUGUUUCCAAAGAUUCUAAUGAAGAUCACAGAUCUCCGCAGCAUUAGUGCAAAAGGUGCGGAACGUGUUAUUACUCUGAAGCUGGAAAUUCCUGGGUCAAUGCCGCCGCUCAUUCAGGAGAUGUUGGAGAACUCGGAGGGGCACGAAGCUUCAGCAAGCAGUCCGAGCGAGGACAAAACAGAGCACAGUCACUGCAUCUCGCCCAGCUCAGAGGAGGAAUGUGUCAGCAAAUGUGCACAGGUUCAAUAGGACUCUUCCCUCCACUCCAGACAUUCCCACCAUUCUAAGCGCACAGGGAUGGAAAACAAAGAGCAUCAUUCUCUCCUCUGCUGACUUUGCAGAUCUGAUGUUCUGAUAAAACCCCCAAAAAAGACCAAGUUUGUUCUCAUUUAUAUAAACCUAUAUACUGUUGCUGUUUACAUUCUUGACUUCUUGGGACUCUAUUAGAAGAAAAGAAAAACCAGACAUUAAAAAAAACAAAACACUAAAGCAGCCAUUUUCCAGAACAAGAAAGAUAGCAUUUAUUUUCUCUUCCGAUCGACAGACUGCAUGAUCUUUCAAGACUGCUUGUUACAAAAGAAAAAAAAACACUAAGGGUUGCCUAUUGUGAAGCUGUUGUACAUAUUUCCUGUUCUGUCCUCUCUGCUGGAUGUUUGGUGCUUUCCUUCUGUCUUGCAUACAUGAAAUGAUCAAGGCAACAAGGUAACAAAACGGACUGUUGUACAAGUCCAGAGGAGAUACCAUAGUUACGAUGAAAUCUCUGUCCACACGUCCUUUGCUGCUUUUCUUCUUUAUCGCCUACCUUAACCGUGUGAGGAAACUAUCACUCCAUUUAUUAUCUGAAGAGUUUGCUAUCAGAGUAACUGCCUGUUCCAUGGAGAGGAAAUGUCAUUGUCGAACUGUCCGUCACUUUAUAACGGGAAGCAGGAGAGAUGGCGCGGCGAGCUCUAGGUUCUGGGCGCAUUACUGCAGUAAUGAUAGCCUCAAAGGCACUUUCCAGUGUUACAUUGUUUUUAUGUUUACUCGUUCACAAGCCAUUAGGAAGAUGUUUGUAUGUGAUUCACUACUUUGAGAGCAUAUGAGAUCCCUGAAUGAAACACUGUCGUUCCCAGGAAAAAAAAGUCUUGCUUGCACACUAGCCUACAUCCCAUACAGGCAGGCCGGAUUAUUCCCUUUGCACAAACUGGGAGCUUUGAGCACAGUUUCCUUUGACACACAUGUAAAUUGCAUGCAGGGUUUGUGCUGGCAGUAAUCAGGCGGCAGUUCCAAGGACCAGUGUUAGGCCUGAUGAGCACUCCCAUAAACAUCUACAUGCAACUCACAUGCAAGUCAAGGCGAAAGGGUUUGGGCACUUUGGGUGCCAUGUUUUUAUGUAGACUAUAAACACAGCAUCACAGUGCCCAAAAUCACCCCAUGUGCCAUCAUCCUUCAUAGAACUGGUGGCUAAAAUGUUGCUUACUCCAUCCUGAGAGCGCAUUGGCUGAAAAGCGAGGUCACCUCAUGGCAUGAAUUGCUAACAGAAGCCAUCUUCUUAGUUUGCAUCACUUCCUGUUCUGUAGGGCAGCUUUCUGCUCCACCAAGACAGUUGCAGACACGUAAAGCUUCCUUGAAACAGCUCAGAUGCUCCAUAUCUUGCUCAUUUACGUACACAGAAGUUGCUUAAACAUUAGCACAGACUUCAAGGAGUUUUAGCACCAAGCAGCCCCUUCCAGUCAAGGCACAAUCUGGCCAGAAAUCACCAAAACUGCAGCUGCCUCUAAUUCAAGUUCCAAGCAGGAAGUCUGCUUCCCCUUCCCUUUUAAACCCCCCCCGUUUGGAUCACAGUGAGUGUUGCCACAGUAGAAGAGUUAACACAGUACAAAUGUGGUUCUAGGUCUCAUAUAAAGCACUAGUGGAAUUUCUUGGGAUAUUUUAGCAAGUCUGUGAUGUAACUUCACUGGCUCUGUUUGUACAUUGAGAUUGUUUAACGAUGCUUUCUAUGUUCAUAUACUGUUUACCUUUUUUCCAUGGAGUCUCCUGGCAAAGAAUAAAAUAUAUUUAUUUUAAAA